AUGGCUAUUGCGGGCUCACGCUACCUGGGAGGGACCUUCGCCUUCGAGGGUCUGAAAGUUGCCACUGGUGGACGUGGUUCCGAUGAGGACCAUGGAGAAAUCAGGAGUUCCCUUCAAACACCGAGUAUCGUGAGAAGAAUUCAGGACUCCAUUGCCAUUUUUGAUACCAGUGUUGCUGACAGAGACGCUCAAAAAGAAAUUUCCCUUAGAUCUGUGCCUUUAAGAAAACCUGACAUCCCAUCAGUCCUCUUACCUGAUGUCAAAAUUCCAGGAAGAGGCAAUUACAUGGAACAGAAUGAUGCCUUGAAGCCACUUUUCUUGAGGAGUGCAGAAGUUCAAUCUAGGAACCACCCUCCUUUUGCUACUGGGUCUCCCAACCAAGGAUCAUAUCUUCAAUCCAAUAUCAGACUUCGUGGAGUAGGGGAUAUGAGUCAUUCUCAUUCGAUAACUUCUGCUCGAAGUAGGCCUUUUAUGUCCAAAAUUCCCAGGCCUGUUCAUGCUAAGGGACCCAUCAUGGACCACACAGUUAAAGAGGUGCCUGAAUUGUCCAAAGAUCUUUCAUUACAAGAUGCAUAUGUGAUACCAAUCCAAAGCAUUCAUGGUAUCCUCAAAAAACCAGUUAGACCAGAUGACUCAGGUGGAUCCUUUUCUGAUGUAUGUGAUGUGAAGAAAGAUGAAGUCAAGCAGAACACAAAGCGGAGAGGAUCCAGUGGAGAUGCUUUAAUCUCUUCAGAAAGUCUACAUUCUAUUUUGAAGAAAUCAAGUGAGGUUGAAUUUGGGGAAGCAAACAAUUCUGGCCUAUUGCAGAGCAUUCUGAAAAAGAAGUCUUUCUCUGGACCUGAUUUGAGCAAGUCUAGCAGCAUUGAGCCCAAGCCCAUUUUGAAGAAGGGUGAUGACACACACCAUGUCAUACAUGAACCAGUAAAACCAAUCCUGAAAAAGAAGAGUUAUGAUGCAGAUGAUGCUGAUGAGAAACUAAAGUCAAUUCUGAAAGUAAAAGAUACUGGUUCUGAUGGAUCUGAUGUCCAAGAACUCAAAUCCAUUUUGAAGAAUCCUUACCCAUGUAGGAGCUCAGAUACAAAUGUUAAAAAAGAUUCCAUUUCAUCAUCAUCAUUUUCAUCAUCAGAGAGUACUGAAGAAUUGAAUCUCAAAGAUGUAGAAAGUUCUUCAAGUAAACUUGUCUUCUCAUCACCCAUUGUCCUGGCUACUUCCAACCACACGAAGACAUCUGCCAGAGGCAAGUCUGGAAGUGCAGGUGGGAAAUCAUCAGAGAUUGCAGAAGAAUUGGAUUCCAGAGCCCCUCAACAUAUUGAGAACCCUCAUCUAAGCAAAGUUGUCUUUUCUUCACCUGUCAUUAUGGCUGCCCCUGACCACUUGAAGAUUUCUGCCAAAACCAAGUCUGAAAAUGUAGAGGUUACAUGGCAUCAUUGUACGUCAAGUGAACAGGAAGCUCCCACUACCUCAGCAUCUACUCCAAGCAAAGAUAUUCCACCUUGCACUUCAGCCAAUGUAGCUACUUCAUCAAGCCCAAAACUGGAGGCUGAGCCUGCCAGUUCUGAUGAAUUUGAUCCAGUGCAUUUGAAUGUGGCAUCAAAAGCAAGAUUAUUCAUGCAAUUGAGCAAGAACAACACACCUGAUAGCAAGAAACGAUGUGUCAGACGAAAAACUCUUCCUGUUACAUCUGCCGAAGUGAGAGAAGCCAGAGCCAAUAUUGUUCAGAAACAUGAUAAAGAAUCAGAUAUACCUGUCCAGCAAGAUCUUCCUCCUUCUGUAUCAAAUGAUUGUUCCACUACAUAUAAGAAAAUCAGUAUAGUAGAAGAGAAGAAGAAGCUGUUCCAGCAACAUACAGCUAUUAGUAUAGAGAAUUCUUCUGGGACAAGCCUUCCUCCUCGUCCAAAGAAGCGUUCCAAGUCUUUCUUGGACCACAGGGUUGAAAUGCUUGACAAGAAAUCUUCUAGCACCACCAUUACUGAGUGCUCUAUGUCUGUGACAGAAGUCAGGCAGGCCAUGCAACAAGCAGCUAGUGGCAUUCCCAAGCGCUGGAGUUCAAAUGGCUCCAUAUCUGUCUUAGCAGACCAAGAGGAUGAGAACAUGAAGAGCGAAGAAGAAAAGACAUCGUCUUCCUCCUUAUCAGCUUCCUCUGCAUCCCUUCAAGAGCCCGAACUCAGCUGUGAUGCCACCGACCAAGAUAACUUGUUGUCCAAUGAGACUGAUCACAUUGAUGGAAUUCCAAAGCAUUUACUGGGAUCAAGUCUGGCACCACCAGAAUCAGAAAGAAGUCAAGCAUCUAAGCAAGAGAAGAGCAUCAGCCGCUCUCCUUCUCCCUCUUCUUCUGUUUCCCAUCCUUCAUCAGUGGAAUCACCCAAAGAUGUGUCAAAGGGAAUACAGGAAAGGCUGCUGAAUCUCAAGACAUAUGGCGAAACACAUUGGCGGGCAAAGGUUGUAGAUGAGACUGUGAUAACUGCCAAGGGAGAUGCCAGGCCAAAAUCUGCAUUUGUCCACCCAGAGGAGCCUCCUGAGAAGAAGCCAGGGAACACCAGGCUCAAGAGGGGACGUGCUCAGCGUCCCCGCAGCAUUGGAAUAAGUGAGAUCCUCCAGAGUCUACAGUCAGCAUCAGAACAAUGGAAAGAUAGGGUGGAUGAAAAAGAUGCAGUGAAGUUUACAGUGGCAGGAAAAAUGGGAAAGGAUCUUGAUGAAUUGCCCUUAUCUUCCAAAGAAAAUGUGGCAAAAGUCAAACCUCCUGAGCCAAUAGCAUUGCCAUUCAAAUUGGACAAAGGGCUGACCAAGCAAGGGCCAUUUGGAUCUAGUGUGACAAUGGCAGAGACUGAGACAAAACGUGCUGAUGCUAAGGAGGAGCAAGUGGCUGUACAUGUUCCUGAACUUGAGGAUGAAUUUUUCAGAGGAUUUUUCCGCUCAGUGAGUCAAGAAGGGAAUACCGGUCAUUUUGCACCAGACCCCAUGGUGCAAUUUUCUGAAAGAGACUUCCAAAGUAUCUCCUGCCUGAGAGUGGAGAAACGGGUUUUGCGAGUUCAGCGCAGAUCUGCUGGUCCCAGGAAUCCUCUUCGUAGUUUGGCAGCUCGUAGUGACAUUCAGUCAGAGUAUUUUGAAACUAAGAGUGCUUCUGAGGAGAAACAUGUUGUGACACCUGCUUCUGGUGUAACUUCUGUUUCAUCAACUUCAGCUAUCACAGUCACAUCAAAAGUCACAGGUGUUGUGCAGACAAAUUUUGCUGCAUCGGCUCUCGCUGGGCUGGCAUCAAAGGAGAACUUUGCUUCUGUUCGACUGAGGAAGACAACAGAUGGUAAAAACAAUAACAGUCCACACUGGCCUUGUCCAGACUCUUCUGUACUGCUACUGCAGGUGAAGGGACGAAAAUUCGUCCAGACUCGUCUGGUGAAACCGUGUCUUCAGUCCUUGAAUCAAGGCGACUGUUAUAUCCUUGUCUCUUCUGAAAAGGUUUUUCUCCUUUUGGGGAAGUAUUCAAAUGUGAUAGAGAGAACCAAAGCAUUGAAGGUGGCUAGUACAAUUGUGGAUAAGCGAGAGUAUGGUUUGGGUGUCAAUGCUAAGUUCAUCAAGAUUGACAUGGAGAAAGGAGGUCAAGGACGCCAGCUUGAUGAGUUCUAUCGUGCCCUGGAACCUGAUAAUCCUCACAGUCCACAUCCCAUAUCACAGGCUGAAGAUCCAGAGGAAGAUGCCAAAUAUGAAAUGGCUGUGAUACAUACAAAUAGAAUUUAUAGUGUGGAGGAGGAAGGUAGACUGGAACCAAUACCCUCUGCAUGUGGUCAUGUUCCAAAAGUGGAGAUCCUCCAAGACACAAAAGCCCUGCUCUUUGAUUUUGGGAGUGAGCUGUACUUAUGGCUAGGAAAGAAAGUUCCCUGGAAAAUACGUAACUCUGCUGCUGAUGUGAUUCUUGAAGUGUGGAAGCGAGGCUAUUCCUAUGAAGGCUGUGAUGUGAAUCCACUAAAUCCCAGCUCUGGAGUAGUCAUGCAUCCAGAAGAAUCUUCUGAGCGACCGUCUUGGACCAUACAUGUCAAAAUCAAUCAAGACAUGGAACCCCUCCUGUUUCGUGAAAAGUUCCUCAACUGGUCUGAUCCCUCGCAGCUAAUUCAUUUCAGACGAGAUGACAGUACUCCUUCCAAUGAGCAAAUGUGUAAUGGUGAGCCAGCCCUUGAUUUGAAACCAUGUGAUGUAUCUCAAAUGCUCAAGGAUGAGCCAUUCCACCCUGAUGCUCAGCUGAAUAAGAUCUUGGGACUGGAAAUGGAGGAGAUGCAUCCAGAAUCAAAGGGGCAAUUCCACAUGGGAGAUGCAUACAUAAUUCGAUGGAACUACCGAGUCAUUCAGAUAGUUGAGCUUGAUCUGGAGCAAGGACCGCAUGUGAGAGUUGUCCAGGGCAAAGAACCACUUGCAUUCAUUCGCCUCUUUGAUGGAAGAAUGGUUAUAUACAAGGGGCUUCGGGAAGAAGAGGAACCAAGUGAUGCUAAAGAAAGACGCCUUUUCAUAGUACAAGGAAAUGGAGAAGAAGAAUCUCUUCUGGUGGAGGUUGAUUGUACCAUUGGACAACUUCGGAGCCGUGGUGUCUUCCUGUUAUUUCAUCUCACCAAAAACACUGUCUAUGUUUGGUUUGGGAGAAAAGCUCUGCCCAUUAUUAAGGAGAUUGGUCAAAACAUUGCCGCCUCAUUGAAAAACUCCCCACCUGCUGAAUCUGGCCUUUCUUGGAAUCCAGAGGUUGUCUUUGUUGAAGAAGGUCAUGAGCCAAGGUCUUUCUUUGAAGUCUUGGGAUCAUCUAAUAGGAGGAAAUACUUGAGCCUGCAAGAUUCCAUCCUUAUGUGCGAUUUCACCCCACGCCUCUUUCAUCUGAGCAGUGAAUCUGGUUCCUUCCUUUCCAUUAGACUGAGGAGCACAUUUUGUAAUCCUGAAGUCCCAUCUCCUUUCCCACACUACAGACAAGAACUCUACAAUGUUCUUCAACCAGCCCUAUUUCUUUUGGACAAUGAGUAUGAUGUAUGGCUCUGGCAAGGGGAAGCAUUGGAAGAAACUUGCUCCACACAAGAAAGCAGGCAAUCUCGUUGGGAGCAGAGCAAGAAGUGUGCAUUAGAAACAGCACUCAAUUACUCCAGGGAAAAGAACCCCUCCAACCCACCACCUGCUCACUUGGUCAUGGCAGGAGAAGAACCUCUUGAAUUCGUCAAUCUUUUCCCCGAUUGGGUCCUGCCUGAGAACACCCGGGGGAAGAAGUCUUCUGUUGCUGAACUUCUGUCUCAAAUCAUCACAACAACUUAUAGUCUUGAUGUUCUUAAACAGCGUCCAUUGCCAGAUGGAGUCGAAGCAACUCGACUAGAGGCAUUCUUGAGUGGUCAAGACUUCAAGGAAUUGUUCGGUAUGAAAAUGGAAGAGUUCUAUCAAGAACCACCAUGGAAGCAGAUCAAGCUGAAGAAGAAAUUGGGUCUAUUCUAGGAGUAAACCAUUGACUGGCACAAGAUCAGUGAUCACCUGCGAUGUUGUACUCUGUGCUCAAUUCCAAAAUGCCUGCUGAGUAACUCAAAUCAUUCAUUUUUGCAGCAUUGCCCUGUGUAUUUCUUGCCUUUGUAGUUCUACCUAGCUUUGAGUCUUUGUGCUGCUAUUCACUGGUGACUUGCCUUGGUUUAAUUCCAUUCAAUCCCCACUCCAGGUGAGCAACUUGUCAUUAAGAUUUUUAUUUUGUGAUGAAUUAUGCUUUUUAUUAUGCCCACGACUUGAAGAGUUAUGGUACAUAUAGACUGGGGCUAUUGCAGUUCUAUAUUAAUUUUUUAAGUAUAUAUAUAUUGCUUUAUAACAAAAACUAGUAAUGCAUUUUCUGUAGCAUUUUCAUGGAGAUUUUUUUCAUUUGCAGUAGUAAAAUCAAUUAACAGAUUUACAUUAGGUUUAUUUCAAUUUUCAUUGCAAUAUAUUACUGGCAUCCCUAAAAGAAAGGUAUAUGUCAAUAUGACCCAGCCCAAAUAUAAUAAUGAAUAAUAUUAAUAAUAAUGAUGUGUUGUAAUGGAAACUGGUGUAAUAGCCCCACUCUGGAUGCACCAUUAAAAUGUACAAGCGUUUGUUUUCCUGUGUUGACAAUGCAGGCAAGGCCUUACAUUUGUAUGUCGAUAUUUUGUUUAAAAGGGAAUCAAGUGUGUGCCUUAGCAAUCAAAACAGAGGAUGUGAAGAAAGAUAAUUGAAAGUCCUAAUGUCCUAUCAUCUAGUCCCUUGCAGGAGAAGAACGCUUUGCCAGAGAAUUCAAAAGAAUUUUUAUACAAGUAUUUAUUUUAUCAGGAUC